CAAUUCCUCUAUGUGUUUUCUCAGUCUUGGCGGAUGGGAUCUGACCUCAUUGAUAACGUUUGCAUGGUAUUGGAUCACUACUGUAAAUGCUUCGGCAGGGUUAAAGAACCCAUAUAUCAGAUUCUACUGCAAGAAUGCCAGCAUGUUGUUGUUGUUGAGUAUCUACGAGCCCUCAUGGAAAAGAGGAUGGUAUGCAGGAACUCAGAAGAAAGGAGCCAGUUUUCAGAUAAAAUGACUCAGGAUUCAUUACAGUUGAAUGACUUCUUCUGCAAAAUGGGUUUAGAAAAGAGUGAACCGAUUAUGAAUGUAAUCCCAUUGGUCUCUGACCUGAUCCGUGUGACAGACACCACACUGCUCAGUCUACAGGUUUCAGACCUUGUCAUGAAAUACCCGGAUAUCAGUGAUGAGCAUGUUUCAGUGCUGCUGGAUAUCCGGGGAGAUGUCUCCAAAGAAACUCGCAUGACUGUGCUUGAACUGCUUCAGGAAAACUCAAGGACACUUCCAGAAGGUUAUCAGUCUGUAUUCAGCAAUAUCCUUGUUCCAACACCAGCCAUGGCUUUCUGCAUUCCAGCUGUUAAAUGUACCUAAAAGGUUACCAUUGCCCUGCCCUCUCUGUCCCUGAUACAGAAUGAUCUUUCUGGGAGCAGGAUGUAGGCAAUCUCAUUUUGGGUGGUGAUUGUUUUUGUAUAGAGGCAGUGACAGCAGCAACUACCAAUGGGAUACAGAGCAGCAGAAGUCAUGUUCUACCAAUGAAGCAGUAGCAGGAUGACAGGAAUGUAUUUCAGCACCUCUGGGAACUUUCUUACCCCCGAGGUUGGAACAUAUCUAUGAUCAGUACAUUAUUUCGGUUUAAACCUUUAUUCAUUCCUUACAUAUAUGGGAAAGAUGAAUUUAAAGUGAGAAAGAUAUGAAUUUAUACUUUUUAGCUAACAUAAUGUUAAAUACUGAAAUAAUUUUUCUACCACCUACAAUGAGAAGGAACAUAGUGCAGAAAGUAAAUAUGAAAUAACUGAGUAUAGUAUGAUGUGUGCAUUAUCUGUUAAUGUUUUGUAUGAAAAGUGGAUCUUGAUCUUGAGGAAGCUGGUAUUCCUCUCCAGGGAUAGUGGGAGGGAUAUUGUUGGUAUGUGUAAGGUAGCUA